AUGUCGCCCUCCGAUGACCCCGCAUUGAUUCGUGGCCCCGGAGUUGAGGGUACUUCUACCGCCUUGGCCCACCAGCCGUGUGAGCCAUCCUCUCUGCCGACAACUUGCGAGCAGAGUGGAGCAAACAUGGAGAUGGACCAACAACCGCCAAUCUCGAGUUUACCUCCUGAGCUUCUGGUUCGCAUUUUGAUUUUCGUCGGUUUGACCGGUGGUCCGCCCGCUUUGAGGUCGUGUUUGUUGGUAUGCAGGGGUUUCUACGGCGUCAUUGAGGACCCUGCGCUAGACAAGUAUUUGCACAUAAUCCCCUUCCGAACUUUAAGCCGGCUUGAUAUGCUCAUCUGGUCUUUAGGCAUGUCUAUAAAGCUGCUGCCUUUUCGCUUUUAUCCUAUGAUCCGUCACUCUUCCCUCCAUCUACACUCUCGGGAACCCGCGUACCACCCGCUCCCAUCACCCCUUCUUCCCAGAAGCAAACCUACAAGGCUUUGGCUCGCAACCUGUUCCUGUCCCGUCAGAGGUUUCCCCCCAAUGUACAUCGCGCAUCUGCUACGCAUGUCCCGGAAGUGUGCCCAACGACCUUAUAUGGACCUAACCCCGGGAACUGUGACUCGGGGAUUGAGGAUGCUUUUUGUACAGCUACGCUUCCCAGGAAUGAAAUGAAGGCGGGUGCGCUGCCGCCUCUAUCGGUGGAUCCUGAGGGCCGGAAAGUCGUGCGAAUAAUUGAUUUCGUUCACUCGUGCACCGAGGCCUCCCGGACCUUUUAUAAUAUCGCUUAUGUUGGUGUUAAGACCUGCGGCUGGAGCGACUCUCUUCCCCCAGGAAGCGAUACCAGCGCUCGCCAGGGGGAGGCUGCGAGUUGGAUACUGUUUUCCGACGACCCUAGAGGUUUUCCCGAGUCGCGCGAUCGUAAUACAAUUACCGUUCAACGGGCAGCUGUUUUUGGCGGGGCACCCCCGGAUCGCCCUGGAUCCCCAUUUACCGCCGAAUCGCAAGCACGCCGGAGAAUGGAAGGAGAAGCGGAGGGCUCUAAAUCAUUGAGAGCGGUCGAGGCACCUGUGCCGCCAGGGCUGGUAGAACCGGCCGAGCAGGAGCGGGUUAAAAGUCCAUUCAUCAGGCCCGUCGAUCAUGAUAAAUUUAUUAAUUCUCAGAGAUGGGGUCCCCCGGGAAGGAGCAUCCAUGCGAGCAUAUAUAGAGCAUUUGGAGCGCAGGAUCCGAAAAUGGGGCAUGAGCCGAAAGAUCAGAGUGGGCGAGAUCUCCCUCCGGGAUCGUGGGUAACAUCUGAGAAGAUUCUCUGGGCCAUGGAUAAAGUGGCAGACGCAGGACUUGUUGGGUUUGGGAAGAGCCUUUUACAUUCGGAUGCAAACCUGAGAUUAGUUCCAAGGCUUGUCAAAAAACAAGUGGAAGUUGCGGCAGUGGAACGACUCGCGAUGGUACGUUCGGACAAGAGCGAGGUCGUCGUCAAUAUGGAAUGGAAAAUGCCUGGGAGCAUUAGGGAUCUCAGUCUUGAUUCUGCCACUACCCUUGAGCCUGAUGAAAUGUGGGAUGAUAAUGCGGGGGACGUCAAAGUGUGCUGGGAAUUCAGGAGUUGCGGGGCUUAUCUCAUUGUUUGCGAUGACAACAGCGGACGCCGCGCUUCGACUGUCAGCUGUUUCGCCGGGCGGGUGCCCAAAGGCUCCAACUCAUCUGCGAAGCCUUCGCCGUCUACACCUGCCUCAUGUGCUAAAUGGCAACGUAGGAUGGUUGUUAAGCCCUCCGUUUCCUCUGCCGAAUACUGGCUUGAUAAUGACGGCCUUGCAAUCAAUUCUUCCGUUUGUGCCUAUUCUACACGACGCCACAUCAUGCCUGCUGCUGGCUCUGGCCCCGAGAGGUACCGUGCUGUAAUGGAAUUUCAUCUCUUAAGCUUAAUAACUGGAGAUACUGUUAAGAUACUUAAUCUUGCGGAAGAAGAGCGCGAUAUCAUUCGCCAGUGUUACAUGUGGUGCUCUUUUGCUCUUGGCGAUGGUAUUCUUGUUGCUAGUGUCGGAGGUCUUGGGAGCACUGCUCGACUUACGGGUGAAGAUGGUUAUUGGGCUCAUACAGGCGCGAGGAGACGCUAUGGGUAUGAUAACGUGUUUGUCUGGGAUCUCGGUAGUGGGCCUGAUCCCGCUCAGGACGUCAUGCUAGCUGCCGGACCUUUCCGUGGUGACAUCAAAGGCGAAGCCCACAUGACCAGGCCAGCGUCGCGUAUUCCAGUCCCACAAGGCUGGGGCGACUUGGACAAAUACAUAGUCUUGUCCGGUUGCGGCCGCUACCUUGGCGUGACAGCAGGAUGGAAAACCGCUGUGUGGGAUUUGGAAGAGAGAUCCUUUGUCGGGGUUUGGCGUGCCGAGGGUACUUGUGAGUUACCUGCCCUCCUUUCAACUCCCUUCCGCUUCCCCCAACUAAUGAUGCCACGCUACCCUCGAAGCUUCACUAUCCAGUUCCGAAGAUGAGUUUCCUGCCUGGAACGGCCUCUGGAUCAAAUGGCGCGACGUUACCUAUCCAGAAAACGCCUCCGAUCCCGUUCUCAUCGCUUCCGAUGUCUCGUACCUCAGUGCCCGCGAUCUCCGCUGUGCUGUCGGGGGCGUGGACAUGGAAAUGGACAGGAGCCAAGUCUGGGUGGAUGAGUCCGAGUCUGACUAUGAAGGGGAGGAUGACAGCACGGAUGAGGAGAGCGACGGGGAUAGUGAUUACACCAUCUUUAGUCAAUGGAACUGGUGGGGUCUGGAGGACCAUCCACUGGCGCCGCCGGCACCUCCGUUCCAAGAGGGCGGAGAGGCCAGCAAUGCCGGAGCCUCCGCCGAAGCGCCUCUCGGCCAUGCGCCCGAAGACCACGCCGGAGUUUCCGGGAGCGAUGGUGGGGACGUCGGAUACAUGGGAUGGACCGGCUGA